AGUCAGUCGACAACUAAGUCAAUAUAAGCUCAAUAGAUUAGGGUUUAAGGAUUACCAUCGAAGCAAACAGACCAAACCCUGGAAGCUAGGAGCUGAAAAAUUUUUGGUCUGUGUUAGCUGGGGUUCAUUAGCAAUGGUGGUACCGGAAGAGAAAAACGCUAAGUCUCCCUCUUUAGAAGAGACCAAGAAGAAAAGGAAGCGAAAGAGAAACAGAGCUAAGAAAUCGGAGCCCCAAAACCCUGAUAAUAACACAGAUAGAGAAGGAGGAGGAAAAGAAGAAGAAUUUGAAGAAGCGAGACCUGAGGAGGAUGAAGCAGAGGCGAGAGAAGUUGAAGUUGAGGAGAAAAAGAAGAAGAAGAAGAAGGAGAAAAAUAAGAAGGUGAAGAGUGAAGAUGAUGAGAAGCAAGAGGAAGAGGAAAGUAAUGAAGAAGAAGACGAAGAAAAAGAAGGAGAGAAGAAAGAGAUAAAGGAGAAGGUGAAGGGUGGGGGAAGUGGGAUAAUGAGCACUGAGUCAUUUGAGUCUUUGGGAUUGUCGGAGCCUACUUUUAAAGCUAUUAAAGAAAUGGGUUUUCAGUAUAUGACUCAGAUUCAAGCCAGAGCAAUUCCACCACUUAUGAUUGGCAGAGAUGUUCUUGGGGCUGCAAGGACGGGUUCUGGGAAAACCCUUGCUUUCUUGGUACCUGCUGUUGAGUUGUUAUUUAAUGUUCGAUUCACUCCUCGCAAUGGAACUGGUGUUAUCGUCAUUUGUCCCACAAGAGAGCUAGCCAUUCAGACUCAUGCGGUGGCAAAGGAUCUUCUUAAAUAUCACUCUCAGACGCUUGCAUUGGUUAUGGGUGGUUCAGCCAGAAGAGGAGAAGCAGAGAGGAUUGUGAAGGGAGUAAAUUUAUUAGUGGCUACUCCUGGUCGGCUACUUGACCAUCUUCAAAAUACAAAGGGAUUUAUUUAUAAAAAUUUGAAGUGUCUCAUGAUUGAUGAAGCUGACAGGAUAUUGGAAGCAAAUUUUGAGGAAGAAAUGAAGCAAAUUAUCAAGUAUCUUCCUAAGCAAAACAGGCAAACUGCUCUAUUUUCAGCUACCCAGACUAAGAAGGUUGAGGACCUUGCCCGAUUGUCAUUUCAGACAACUCCUACUUAUAUUGACGUAGAUGAUGGGAGAAAGAAGGUCACCAAUGAAGGGCUGCAGCAAGGCUAUUGUGUUGUGCAUAGUUCCAAGAGAUUUAUCCUUUUGUAUUCAUUUUUGAAGAGGAACCUGUCCAAGAAAGUGAUGGUCUUUUUCUCUUCAUGCAACUCAGUCAAGUUUCAUUCAGAACUUUUGAGAUAUAUUCAUGUGGAUUGCUUUGACAUCCAUGGAAAGCAGAAGCAGCAAAAGCGAACCACUACCUUCUUUGACUUUUGCAAAGCAGAAAAGGGCAUUUUGCUUUGCACUGAUGUUGCUGCUCGUGGACUUGAUAUACCUUCUGUGGAUUGGAUUGUGCAGUAUGAUCCUCCAGAUGAACCAAAGGAAUAUAUUCAUAGGGUUGGUCGAACUGCCCGUGGGGAAGGUGCAAAAGGAAAUGCUCUUCUCUUCCUGAUCCCAGAGGAACUGCAAUUUCUUCGCUAUCUAAAGCAAGCAAAAGUUCCUGUCAAGGAAUAUGAGUUUGAUGAGAAGAAACUUGCGAAUGUGCAGUCUCAUCUGGAGAAGUUGGUGGCAAACAACUAUUAUCUAAACAAGUCAGCUAAAGAUGCAUAUCGAUCCUACAUUUUAGCAUACAAUUCACACUCAAUGAAAGAUACCUUUAAUGUGCAUCGCCUUGAUCUGCAGGCUGUUGCCGCUUCCUUCUGCUUUUCAUGCCCUCCAAAGGUUAAUCUGAAUAUCGACAGCAACGCAUCCAAAUUUAGAAAGAAAAUGCGUAAAGUUGAAGGCAACAAUUUUAGUGAAAGCAACCCUUAUGGGAGGCAGAGAAGUGAAGAUGAUAAACGGCAAUUUGUAAGGUAUUAGCUAAAGUGUCAUUCAGAGGCCAUUCAUAAGGUAUUAGCAGAUGCUGUGUUGGGGAAGUUGCUGCAUGGAUCUGCAACAAUUUUGCACAUUUUUUCUUGAAAAAGAGUGUGGAUCAGCUCAAAAUCAAGAUAGCUUUGUUAGGUUUUCAAGGUAUCUUGUAAUUUGAACAUACAUAGUGAUUCUUGGUUUUAAAAUGAAUCAGUGUUUCCUUAAAAUGUAUGCAAGUUAUGUUUUCAGUCUUCAAAAUUCUAGGCUUUAUUUUAAAUUUGAUUUAAAAUUUUAGUAAAAAUUAUGAGUGUAUCAAAAACAAAAAAAAAUGUUGAGUUUGACGUCUUUUUACGCUUAUUUGAUGUACGAAAC